CUCCCACACAUUUCCAUUCCGUCUCUCUCUUGGCCUCAAACCUGUAUACAAUUAUCGUACAAUCCUACCGUCUGCACAUAUUAACAACCAAGGUUUCUGAGCGCCUGAGAAAAUGGCGUUCCUAUUCUUCGCCAGACUGGCUAUUCUCAGCUUCUCCGUCCUCUUGUCGCUAACGGUGCUGGCGCUGAGCCUCGACUUGAUCUAUGUACACCAAAAAAUGAACCAAUACGGGGACAAUUACGGGGACGCUGGUUCGUCAGGGAUGAGUGGAAGUAAUGGAGGAGGGGACGAUGGCCCGGAUAGGUCGAGUGCGUUGUGUGCGGCGGUCGCGAUUUUGAGCGUUGCGGCGACUUUGCCUAUGUUGAUCGUGGAUCUAUUGAAACGCAAGUCAUUCAUCUCUAUGGUCGUCGUCGAAGCUAGCUGUCUCUGCGUGCUCUGGAUACUCUGGCUUGCUUGCGGGGCAUUCACAAUUGUAGACAACGAUUCACAUUUAUUAAGUGCUUUGGAUUGCGACGAUAUUCCCAGCGCAUCGAGAUGCUACGAGGCCAAGUUCAUCGAGGUGUUUGCGUUAAUUAAUUGGAUAACACUAAUGAUCUACGCCAACACCCUCUUCACUCUCGGCGUCAUCGGCCACAUGCGGAAACAGCCACUCUGGUUCUCCGUCGUCCGAGAAGCACCGAUGCUCUCACCUGCAGAAGAACGUUCACCAGAAUCGAUCAAGCUUCUCAGUUCUGCCAGUAGCUUCUCGACAGACGACGAGCCGACCUACAACAAUCACAGUCAUCCUCACACUCAUGUACAUGGUCCUUCGAGCUAUGCCGUGCAGACUCAGCAGGCGAUACUACCUGGGGGAGGAACACCGUCUAUGAUCACGAGAGGGUUCGCUGGGAGGACGAAUAGGAGGAUGACGGGGUCGACGCUGCCGCCGACGUAUGUCGAGGAAUGUUGAUCUCGCUUGUUCUUCUUUCAUCACCCUAUCUAUCCGUUUCUCUUCUGUUCCAUAUGCCUCUGUUCUGCUUGUUAGUCGCUCGCCCCUAGAGUAUGACCCUCCUCUGUAUUCGCUCCUUCGUGCCGCUGUCUCUCACACUCGCUCUCACCCUCGGUCAUUUACUGGAACACAUGUACGAUUUUCGUUGUCGCUAUCACCAUCGCUGUGAAUUUUCGCAUCGUUUAUUAUAUCGUAUCGCCUUCAUCCUUCCCAAAUCUAUUAUCCUACUUACUCCUUCUCUAUGUUCCCCGCCUUCCUGCGUUCUUUGCUUGGUGUCACUCUGUAUCAGUAUUCCCCUUUCAGCCAUUGUGCAUACUCACUCUCAUUGCUCCGGAUUC